AUGGAGGGAAAAUUAAACCUUUUAUCAGAUUUAUCAAAUGAUUUUGGACGACUUCUUUCUAGCGAUGAUGAAGUUAUCAUUUUUAAAAUACCGAACAUUUCUCCUGAUACCUUUGAAUUAUUAUUAAAAUACCUCUAUACUGGAAUGGUAGACUUGGAUGAUCAAAACGGUGUACAAGUGUUGAAACUUUAUAGAGCAGCUGAUGAGUUGAAUCUUCGAGA